AUGUCUGACGCAAUCACUAUCAGAACCAGAAAGGUUUUAUCCAAUGCAUUGUUAGCAAGAAGACAAUUCGUCAUUGAUGUCAUCCACCCAAACAGAGCUAACGUCUCUAAGGAUGAAUUAAGAGAACAACUCUCUGCUCUAUACAAGGUCGAAAAGGAUCAAGUCUCCGUCUUUGGUUUCAGAACCCAAUAUGGUGGUGGUAAAUCUACCGGUUUUGGUUUAGUCUACAACUCUGUUGCUGAUGCAAAGAAGUUCGAACCAACUUACAGAUUAGUUAGAUACGGUUUAGCAACUAAGGUUGAGAAGGCUGCAAGACAACAAAGAAAGCAAAAGAAGAACAGAGGUAAGAAGAUCUUUGGUACCGAAAGAAAGGCUGCAAAGAAGGCUGCAAAGAGAGCUCAAGAUUAA